AUGUUUUCCAAGGACAUUCCUCAGCACAGGAGUUCACCAACAGCCAGACAGCAGUGGGCUCGGGUGGUGGGCUCCUGUCUGUUAUGGAAACGGCUGGAGACAGUGGAGGGGGUUGGAGGGGUCCAGGGGGUUCUGCCGAUGGCGAAGUGUGAGGGAUCAGAAAGUGCGGACAGAGCUGGGGGGGCGCUGACUGAUGGAAGUGAAGCAGGAUUAUAUGGACACACUAGUCUGAGAGGAGGCGAUGGCGUUGGCCUCGUGAAUGUGGGGCUCCCGUCACGCCUCACGUCACGGAGUAUCUCGCUGGGGUCCGGCACUGAAGAGGGGAGCGAGACCGACCUUUGUUCUAGAAGAGGAGAAGUAGGGGAGAAUAGAUGA